CUUUACAGUAUCCAUAGCAUGAUGAGAGGACACAGCGCUUGCCAGCCGAACUUGAUCGUCGGUAUGGGUUAUGGUUAAAGUGAAUGGCAACUGUAUAUAUGUAGAUAGAGUGUGAUGUCCUCGCUUUCGUCAUCAUCACACGCUGCUUUCGUUAUUCUUCUAGUACUGUCGUUUCGCAAACCUUCGGCUGGCCCGUCAUUCCUUACUUUCAUCCUACCUACCAAUUGAAUAUCACGACUGUAACGACUACAUUCAACACAACCCAAAAAUGAAGCACCAGUUCCUUACCGUUAUGCUCGCCGGUGCAGUGGCCGCCAACCCCAUCGCCAUCCUACGGAAGCGCGAGGUGCCGCAAGAACACGCACACCGCAACGUUAUCCUAGCUGUCAACACCCUUCUGGCUCAGAACAACCCCAGCAACAUCCAGGACGCCGUCUUUGGUCUUCUCGGCGCUGCGGCGGCCAAGAAUGGUGCUGGCAACAUCGCGGACGCUGACUGCCUCCAGCAAGCCACCGCGGACCAAGCCUUCACCAACGCCAAAGCCACAGGGGACGUUGACGGUAUGACAUCCGCUCUGAUCUUCCGCGCCCUAGAGCGUAACACUGGAUCCGUUGGUCUCGCCUCUGUACCAUGCACGUCUAUCCAAGCCGUAAAUCCUGAGAUCGCUGCACUCCAGCAGCAUCAAGAUCCCGCUGGCGACGGUGCUCAGACGCUUAACAAGCAGGUUGCCGAAGAGCUGGCAAGGCAGAUUGCGUCUGUAGGUGGGGACCCAACGCUGGCUAACGAGGCGGGUACGUUUGCGCCUGGGCAGGUGGGUGAUCCAACAGCGAAGGGAAACACCUGUGAUGAUGAUCAGGAUGACAAUGGGUGUAUCAAUACUUUGGGUUUGAGGGUGGAUGAUCUUACUGCUGCUGAGAUCACAGCAGCAGUUCAGGGAGUGAGUACUGGUGCUGUUGGGCAGGGUAGCGCUGGGAAUAGUACUCAGGCGGCGAACAAUGGUUGUGGUGGUGCGUGAGGCUGCUGAGAGGUCUCAAUUGUGAUAGAAGGGGGUACAGAGCCAAGUAUUAGCUGUACUGCAGCUCUUUGAUAUUCUUUAGCGUGGAGCAGGGGAAACAACUGGCUGAAUAUCU